AUCACAAGUGGGGGAAACAAGGUUGAGUUGGUCGAUUAUUUCACGGAACACGAGGCAGAGUGUGGUACACACGAGAGUAAUAGUUUCGUUCGCCUCAAGCUCUUGAUGCCACAAAAACGUUUGCCAAGUAACAGACCUAUCUGGAGUUAAAGAGGGAAAGAGCAUUUGAUACCAGAAAUUCCAAGUGUUUACUGGAAAAGUGUGUGUGCCAAUAUUACUGUAUAUUUCAUUUUGUACAUUUUUUUUUACUGAAUCAUUUCGAUUCACUUAUUCUCUAACAGUAUGAACUUGUCCAACGUCAGAUUGUAUUCUGAAGGCAACGAGCAUGUCAAGAGACCUAUGAACGCAUUUAUGGUGUGGUCUCGAGACCAACGUCGGAAAAUUGCAUUGAUAAACCCCAAAAUGCACAAUUCUGAGAUCAGCAAGCGGCUAGGGACUCAGUGGAAGAAUCUAUCUGAGGCUGAGAAACGACCAUUCAUUGAAGAAGCUAAACGAUUACGUACGAUUCACAUGCGGGAACAUCCUGGUUAUAAGUAUAAACCUCGAAGAAAACCUAAAGGUCUGUUGCAAAAAGACCACUUCAUCUUCCCACUCCCAUACAUUCCGGCUUCAGUUAAUUAUCUCGAUAGCAGUUGCUCUAGAGAUCUCUUGGCUCCAUGUUCGUCACUUCCACCUCAUGUUCGGAGUAUUAUCCCUUUUCUCUCUCAUGCAACGGUUAGUCCAAGAGCUUUUCUAAGAGAAACACAUAUGAACCCUUCUUAUAUUCAUGAACAAUUAUCUCUGUUAGUCAACAGUGUUCAAAACAAACACGCUCAGUCUGAGACCCAACAUCCUGAUUUAGACUCCAAUCCAUCCUACAAGCUGAUAAAUCCCAACAGUACUGUGGCACCAUCUCAUUACUGUAGUGGAUACCGAUCUUCGGCGGCUCCGACACUAUACACUGGCAUGCCCGUGUCGGGGUACUUCACUCCGUGCGCCUGCGGUGCGCCUACAUACGAUUAUUCUGCUCCCACAGAAAUGAACAUAUUUCACAAUGCUAAAGCAGCUACCAAUUCUCUGCUGAUUAACCCUUUCCUGAAGCCUUCGGACGGAAAUACUGACUCUUCGACAACGGUUACAGGUGGAACAUCGAGGAUAAGCGAACACGAUUUUGGUCAGCCAUCAGUGUCAACUAUGGCCACGUCGGCAGCUAAAGGACCCUUAGAGCUAUAUUCUAUGUAUUUUAACAAGCCUAAAAUCUCGACUCUUCCUUAGAACCGUAAUCUGAAAAAUCUUUAGUGCUUGAGCUCCUCAAAACAUGUAAGUAGAAUUUGUUUGCAAAGCAUGUGGCACACGGAGCUCAGCAUUUGACACCAAAAUUAACCACAACAACCAGUUGAUGAACGCUCCUGAAAAAGUUGAACAUUUUAUAUUUUUCAUUUUAUACCCACAGUGCAUACAACUAAAUACAAGUACUGUAAGCUUUCGUCCUUAAGCAUGUCAUUACGGUUCACUCUCAAUAUAUUUCUCUUUCUAAAUUGUUAUUUCUUGUUGUUGUUUUUUGUACUGUGAUUUUCGUAGAUAUUUCUGUAGUGAACAACACACAUAGAGAAAAAAACACGAUUAUUUUGCUAAAAGUUUGUUUGAUUGUUAAUAUGUUAGUGUUACAAAAGUCACUGCAGAAAAUGUAGCAUGGCAAGGUUACUCUCUGCAAUACGUGAGCCUUAAGCUCAUUCAUUCGUUUGUUUCAACAACGAGUAGGUUAUUGAGCCCGACUUGUGAAAAGCGUGUACCUAAGUAUCCCAGUUACAUUCUAUAGCCCCCCCCCCCCAGUGGCACAGCGGUAUAUCUGCGGACUUACAACGCUAGAAACCGGAUUUCGAUACC